AAUCCGGUGGGGGGAGGGGCGGCAGCGGGGCAAUGGCGCAGGCCCUGGUGAUGGUGGUGACGGGGGGCUCGGGGUUCCUGGGCUCCCACCUGGCCCAGGUGCUGCUGGAGGCGGAGCCGGAGCUUCGGGAGCUGCGAAUCCUCGACCUCGACCCCGACAUCAAACUGGUCCCCGAGAGGCACCGCUCCCGGGUCCGGCUGUUCCGCGGGGACGUCGCCGAUUUCGGGGCUCUGGGUUCCGUUUUCGGCGGCGCCGACGUCGUUUUCCACAGCGCCGCCCUGGUGGACGUGUGGGGGCGCUGCAGCCCCCAGGACAUGGCCAGGGUGAACGUACUGGGCACCAAGAACGUGAUCAGGGCCUGCCAGGCCGCGGGGGUGCCGGUGCUGAUCUUCACCAGCAGCAUGGAGGUCGUGGGGCCCAACACCCGCGGGGACCCCUUCGUCAGGGGGGACGAGGAGUCGCCGUACCCCACCCGGCACUCGGAGCCGUACCCGCUGAGCAAGGCCCCCAGGCUGAGCGGCUGCUGCUGGAGGCCAACGGCAAACCC